ACAAUGCACAAGGAUGCACAUUUUGUCUGGGCCUCAGGGGAAGCCAGGAAAGUUUCCUAACUCUCAGCUACUCGCAGCUCUUGAGUUUCUGAGAGUUAAAAGCUUGCUGCGCUGCUGGAAACCAGCCAAUUAGAAAGGAAUCAGGAACUGAGGGCCUUUCCCUUCUCCGCCUCUGCUUGCAGGCAGGCAGGCCGGCUGGCCGCGGGGGCUCUUCCUUCUCCCGGGUGCGGGAGGCGCGCAUCAAGCCAUGGAGGAGGCGGAGAGCCCCGUGCAAGGCCUCCAAAGGGCCGCCGUGUGCUCCAUCUGCCUGGAGUACUUCAAAGACCCGGUCUCCCUCGAGUGCGGGCACAAUUUCUGCCUGGGCUGCAUCACCCAGUGCUGCGAGCGGGCCCGGCGGCGGUCCUCUUGCCCCCAUUGCCGAAGGCGGGCUUGCAAGAGAGAUUUCAGGCCCAACCGGGCACUGGCCAACCUGGUCGAGAUCGCCAAACGCUUCAAGGCGGAGGCGGAGGCGGCGGAGGCCGGCGGGCGAGGAGGGCUUUGCCAGCGGCACCAGGAGCCCCUGAAGCUCUUCUGCGAAAACGACCGGGUCCUCCUCUGCGUCGUCUGCGACCGCUCCAAGGACCACCGGGCGCACGCGGUGCUGCCCGUCGAGGAGGCGGCCCGGGACUACAAGGAUCAGAUCCAGAAUCAGUCCCUGAGCCUAAAGCAAGAGAGAGAAAAGCUGCAGGAGCUUAAAUGGGCAGCUGAAAGGACAACCAAGGAGGAACUGGAAAAGUUGAAUGCUGAACGAAAGAAGGUGGCCUAUGAAUUUGAACAACUGCAUCAGUUUCUUAAAGAAAGGGAACAGGCUCUUCUUGAGGAACUGGAUGAACUGGAGCAAGAGAUUAAGAAAGGGCACAAGGAAAAUGAAACCCGUUUCUCAGAAGAGAUGUCUGUCCUUGGGGACCUAAUCAGUGAGAUGGAGGAGAAGUGUAAACAGACAGAUAGUGAAUUCCUUCAGAAUAUCAAAGAGGUAUCCAGCAGGUCUACGAAAGGGCAGCAUCAUUUGCCUUUGGAGACUUCUCGGGAUUUAAAAGAGAAAAUCAAUACAUUUGCUAAGAAUACGAUAUGUCUGUCAGAAACUCUAAAAAAAUUAAAAGAUUCCUUUCUCGCUGAACUCCAAGAAGAAGAAGUUGUGUCUUCAGUUAUAGAGAACGUGACCCUUGAUCUCGACACUGCGGGGCCCUACCUCAUCAUCUCGGAUAACGGGAAGAGUGUGUGUCUGGGAGACAGACGCCAGACACGUGCCAAAUCUCGGGACCGCUUCAAUGUAUACCCUUGUGUUUUAGGCUGUGAAGGCUUUACCUCAGGGAGACACUGCUGGGAGGUCCAAGUGGUGGAAGGGGGGUGCUGGGCCUUGGGCGUCGCCAGGGAGUCCGUCAAGAGGAAGAAAUUCCGCUUCCAUCCUGGCGAGGGGGUUUGGGCCUUAGAGCACGCAGGAGCCGGCCAUUACAGAGCGCUGACUGCCCCUCCCACCCCCUUGCCCCUCAGCAAAGCCUGCCAAAGAGUCCGGGUGUGCCUGGACUAUGAAGAGGGCCAGGUCGCGUUUUUUAAUGCUGAGAAUAAUGAGUGGAUCUUCACUUUCCCCACAAGCCCUUUUUCGGGAGAGAAAAUUCAUCCUUGGCUGUGGGUGGGGCUCCGAUCCAAGCUUAGGCUGUGCCCUUAACUUGGUGCAAGCUCGGCUCUUCUUGUUUUUAAACAUCAAUAAGCCGGGAGUAAAAUAACAACUUUAUAUACAACCCAGAGAACUGUGAAACUGUGGUUAGUGGCCAGCGUAAGGGUGCACUGAAUAAAUAAAAACCAUGGGUUUUAUUUAUGGUGAUCCCUGCAUAAAAACUGAGAAAAGCAUCGUGACUGUCGCAAGUUCCUCAUCUACUCUCCGCCUCUCCAACCACACAUUGGUACCUUUGCAGGACUCUGUCAGCCUGUGAUAGGAGAGAGAGAGAGAGAGAGACCCUGAUUAAUAACUGCUUGUUGUCAAGUUGAUUUUGACUUUUAGCGA